UUGGCAUCGCGAUGUUACCGGUACACUGUGCAACUCUAAAGCUCUUGUUGGCUAUUGAUGUUAAUAAAGUAAUAUUUACUAGUUUAUCUGAUCUUUGUCUACAUAUCCAAUGCUCAUCCCGGACCUUACCGGCAAAAGGUGAUUGCAAUAUAAAUAUCAUGAUAAAUAUUGCCCUAAUAGUUAAAGCUCACUAGAGCCCCCAAGUGAUGGCUUUUGUAUUAGGCUAAACGAAACAUAAGAUUGGCCUCUCCGCAUUAAUUAUGGCCCUACUUUGGGCCCAGUAGAGAGAAAAAUCUUCAACCGUAUCGACACCUAAUAGAAAACCACGAGGUAAAUAAACACAUUAAUGUUCAAUGUGUGUAAUGUGCAUGUCAAAAAAGAAAAACCAGACCACUACGAUCAAUACGUUUCAUUACACCAGAUACUUGAGAUAAUCUACCCUUUUCAUCUGAUGUACCUCAGUGUGGGCUCUCCUCUCCAUCAACACGCUGGCGCGCUCACACGCGCACGCGCACCCGUGUUCUCCUCCUCCAGUGCGGCUGUAUCUGUCCAGCUGAAUUUACAUCCAUCGCUACCGUACGGACUCCGCUCAUAUAUUUUAACAGGCAGAUCUGUGUUUUAUAUUCUGUCCUCUCAUCUCCAUGGCCGCAUCGGAUGGUUUAGAGGCUUGCAUCGUGCAGAGAGGAAGAUCUCAAAGUGACCCGAGCAUCCUCACCGACGCUCUUGUCAUUUAUACGAAUAGCACAGAUGUGAUGGAUCACCAGAGAAAUCUUCAUUCUGGCUGUCUGGUGUCUGGUGUCCGCACUCCCCCCAUUCGCAGAAACAGUAAACUGGCCAGCCUGGGCCGUAUCUUCAAGCCCUGGAAGUGGAGGAAAAAGAAAAAUGAGAAACUAAGGCAGGGAUCAACAGCACUGGAGAGGAAAGUGGCCGGCAGGCAGAAUCGUGACGAUGGUGUCAGGAAGGGCCUUGCAGAAACUUGCACAGAGACGGGCCUGGCCUGUGGGGGGAAUACAGAUGAGCCAGGAACCCCCAGCCAGGAGUACUCUGAUGAAGAAGAGGGAGAGGACGUGCCAAUGGCGCUGCUGGCCAGCACUGGGAAGGAUCUCAGCUCUGAUGAGGAAAAUACGUCUUCAGUUCGGACUACGGAUGUGAUAGAAACAGCAGUGGGCGUCAGUCAAAGUGAGGCUGAGGAUAAAGAUGCUUUGAGCCGAGAAGUCGGUGCUGAAGCACCCGAGAGCCAUGAGGAGAGAAAAGAAGAGCCAGUCCACAAAGAAGUGCACACUCCUCCAGCCAGAACACAUGCGAAGAUGCUUACUAGACCGGGCAGUCUGGACAGUACUCAGAUCAGGUCACAUCAGACUCGGCCUGCUCCAGCUACAUUGCCCAGAAACUUCACCCUCCCCAAAGAUGCCCUGAGAGCCCGGAUGUCCACCCCAACUGGUUCCCCCCACUUGGGUGUCAUGCACCAACAUCUGCCCCCUAGCUGCAUCAUAGAGGAACUGCAUCGGGCCCUAGCCACCAAACACCGCCAGGACAGUUUACGUGGUAAGGAGAUCCGCAGUUCACCCAAAAGGCGUUCGGACAGGCGGAUUAAUCGCACGGCCAGCACUGAGAAUGAUCAGCGUGGAGAGGUGGAGAAUAAGAAAGAGGCAGAGGAGAACAAGGAGAACAUGCGUCUGGAUGAAUAUUACAGUGACCAGGACAGUUGGAACGAGUCGGUCAUCUCCGGGACACUUCCACGGCGAAUGAGAAAAGAGCUUCUGACAGUGAAGCUGCGUAACAGGCCCAGUAAACAAGAACUGGAGGACAGAAACAUCUUCCCUGUGCGCAGCGACCAGGAGCGACAAGACAUCCGCCAACAGAUCGAGAUGAAACUUGCCAAGAGACUGAGCCAGAGACCUGCAGUCGAGGAGCUGGAGAGCAGAAACAUCCUCAAACAGAGGAAUGACCAGACAGAGCAAGAAGAGAGGAGAGAAAUCAAGCAAAGGCUGAACAGAAAGCUUAACCAGCGGCCCACCGUUGAUGAGUUGCGGGACAGAAAGAUCUUGAUCCGCUUUAGUGACUAUGUCGAAGUGGCCAAAGCUCAGGACUAUGACCGGAGAGCAGAUAAACCCUGGACGAGAUUAUCCGCAUCAGAUAAGGCGGCAAUACGCAAAGAGCUGAAUGAGUUCAAAAGCAACGAGAUGGAGGUUCACGCGUCAAGCAAGCACCUGACGAGGUUCCACCGACCAUAGCAAUGUUUCUUCUGUGAAGAAUACGCUAACGGUAUCUCUGUGAAGACCUCAGGAGGCUUCGACCAGUGCCCGGGUCCAUGGGUGCUCCGUGGAGGGCCUGAUAUUUGGGCGCUAGUGAACCUUGGAGGCUAUGUCUCUGGAGCUUCGGCCUAAAGAAGCCGAAACCCUCCAAACUCCACUCAGUCAAACUACUGCAGUCUGUAGAAUAUUGAACCUUUAUUCUUUUUCAGGGGGGGUUGUGAAAGACUGUUUAAAAAAGGCACUGACUUUUUUAAAUGGACUGUUUUUCAAUGGUCGCCUUUUGAUGCCAAUUGGAGGGAUGGGUCAAGCAUGUGACUCAUCCGAACCUUUUCCUACACCAGUGUUGGUGCUGUAGUGACACCCUGAACCGUUUCUGGGUUCCUACUUCAACUUGAGUUUCAUAUCAGCUGUAUAAAUGUUAGUUUGAGGAAUAUGAAUCAUGUCUUACCUUUGCAAUGACUAUUUAUUGUCUGUACAGUACAAGCUUUGGAUUUUUACGAA